AUGGAAAUAACUGGUCUGGAAGAUACAUUAAAAUCUCCAGAAAUUGAAUCAAAUGAUGGAAAUAAAAAGGUUGGCAACAAUCUAUAUUCAACUACACCUAGUUCCUUGUUCAAUGUAUUGACAGGAAACCAAAAUACCAAAAAGAACACAAGCACUUCAAAAAUACGAAAGGACAAAGACCAACUGUAUGGCGGCGAUGAAAAAGUAGUGAAUGGAACCACUGAAAAACUAGAAAACCGUCCUACAUCUUUAACUUCGAAGGAUAUUUUCAGAAUAUACCGAGAGAAAGACAAACAGAAGUACACGCUUCCAGAUGAUCAAGAACCACCGGUACAUCAUCAACCCCACGAGACACAUCAAGCUUUUCCCAAGGAUAUGAUUUGCAACUCGUUGGAAAUUCUGGAUUUCACGGCCGACAUUGAGUCCAAAAUAUUUGCUAAUAAGAAAUCAACCACAGUGAAAGACUUGUUUAACAAUUUUAGACCAAAGAAAGUUGUUACCAUUAAAUUGUCACCCCAAAUACUAAAGAAUAUUUCUCCAAAUCCUUCAAAUAUUAACCUUUCCAAAGAUUCGAGUACACUUCCUGAUUCAAGACCUGCAUUUACUGCCCAAGAUAUCUUACAACGCAGAAAGCAUAUAUUACCGGUUCAUAAUACAGAGAAAGCAGCCACAAAAAUUGAUAGCCAAUUGCAUACUUCAGAUAUAGAACGGAAAAUCUAUGGAUCAAAGCCCAAAUCUAGUGUUCAAGAUAUACUAAAGCGUGAAAGAAAUGAACAUCAAAUAAUAAAACCACAACCAGUACCAAGGCCAACAUAUUUCAUUACUUUGAAAGUAAAUUCAAAGCAUCUAGCUGAAAUUAAACAAUAUGACAACCCACUAAUAACAAAAGGAAACAAGAGCAAUACCAAGGGCAAAACAGGUGCUUCUUUAUUUGCUAGUAUGAUGCAGGCAAGCAAAUCUGCCACCAAGUUAGAAUCUAUGCAACAAUUGAAAAACACCAUAAUACUACCAAAAGCCUUGAAAAGGGAAGAGUUCCAUAUCUAUGAAAAAGAAGUUUUAAAUCCUAGGAAGCUUUUAUUGGAAGAAAGGAAUAGAAAUGUCCGCUGUGAUGUUGACACCAAAAUUUUUGAAUCUUUUACCGAUUUAUUCACGAGGGAAUUGACUUCUAGAUAUCACUAUCAGAUCAAAGAUAAAAUUGACUUGAGACAGUAUGCACUGUCCAAAUUACCAAACUUAUCAAGAUCACCAGCUCUUGAGUUUGUUUUUGAUAUGAUUGGCCAACCCAAGCAAGGAAUGUGGACAGAGACAUUUAAACCACAAAAAAUGAAUCAGUUACUCAUACAUAAACAGAACAAGAAUGAUAUUUAUAAUUGGAUUUCUAAUUCUUUUCUUAAACUAAAAUCUCAAGCACCAAUAAAGAAUAUCAAACAAAAGAUAAAGCAAAGGCGUCAGGAAUCCUUCAUUGUAUAUGAUUACGAAGACGAGGAAACUGAAGAAGAAGUUUAUUCUCCGUUUCUAAUACUCCAAGGAUCGUGUGGCUCAGGAAAAUCUACGGCCGUGUUUACUGCUAUGAAUGAAUUAGAUGGGUUUGUUCAUGAAAUCAACACUGGUCAAAAUAGAGGCCGUAAGGACAUUUUUGCCAAUUUAAAAGAACUUUGUACUACGGAAGUUGUGCGUGAUACUAAAGAGUUCCAUAGAGGAGUGAUUUUGCUUGAAGACGUAAAUGUUUUGUUUGAACAAGAUAAAACGUUCUGGCUGGUAGUUCAGGAAGUUAUCAAUAUCUCCAAAAGACCAAUUGUUUUGACAUGCGAGGAGAUUUGGAAUAUCCCUAAAAACUUGAUUGAGUUUGCUCAGCAUGACGAGUCCAUUAUUUUUAUGGAUGAUUAUGUGAUUCUGAAAAACUUGGUUGUCGAUUAUCUUUGGUUAUGUUGCUUAGUCUACAAUUGUGAUGUAGCCCGGGAUAUCCUUGUAGAAAUUAUUGAUGAUAAUUGGAAUGGACACAAUUUCGAUAUUCGAGGGUGUCUUAUGAAUUGUCAAAUUAUGUGUCCCAAUCGACCUGAAAGUUUAACUGUGGUUACCAGGGUGUCUGACUCGUCAACGAAAAAAGCGUUGGAAAACAUUAAUGACGUUUCACAUCUACUUGAUAUCAAUUCUUGUAGUGAUGUCAUUGGAGUAAAUUCUAUUUCCCAGUUAGCACAUACAUUACAAUUGAACGAAUUGGAUGAUGUUUACUGGGUAGAUGAUUCCCGUAAUCAUACAUUACCGUAUGAGUUGAAUAUAGGAAAGAAGUUGAAUCACAAGUUGGAAGGAUUUGAAUUGGACUUUUCUGUCCCUGAACGAAAAUUUUUAAUGAAUGAUUUGAGAUAUGAAGCAAAUAGAUUCAUUGGAUCGAGAAUGAAGUAUUUUUCUAAUAGUGAAUUCAGGAGAUCAACUAGAUCUGGUGGUGGUGAGUCUAAUGCACACUUAGAUACUAUAGGAAUCCCUGAUACAUCGUUUUUGAACCAUAUUGCAAAUAGUUCGUUUAUUCUCGAUUUGCUCCCAAUGGCAAGACUUUGGAGUCAGUUCCAAAACAAUAUUGAUCAGCUUGAAAAAGAAGUCCUAGCGGAAGGCAAGCCUAGUAUUAAAAGAUUUCUCAGAUAUCGAGACUUUUGUCAUAAAACUACAUUAGACGCCACCAUGAAUAGAGAUUUAUAA